UAUAGAGCUUUUUAUUCCCCAUUGUCUAUCCAAUAUAGAGCUUUUUCUUCCCCAUUGUCUAUCCAAUAUAGAGCUUUUUAUUCCCCAUUGUCUAUCCAAUAUAGAGCUUUUUAUUCCCCAUUGUCUAUCCAAUAUAGAGCUUUUUAUUCCCCAUUGUCUAUCCAAUAUAGAGCUUUUUAUUCCCCAUUGUCUAUCCAAUAUAGAGCUUUUUAUUCCCCAUUGUCUAUCCAAUAUAGAGCUUUUUAUUUCACACUGUCUAUCCUAUAUAGAGCUUUUUAUUCCCCAUUGUCUAUCCAAUAUAGAGCUUUUUAUUCCCCAUUGUCUAUCCAAUAUAGAGCUUUUUAUUCCCCAUUGUCUAUCCAAUAUAGAGCUUUUUAUUUCACACUGUCUAUCCAAUAUAGAGCUUUUUAUUCCCCAUUGUCUAUCCAAUAUAGAGCUUUUUAUUCCCCAUUGUCUAUCCAAUAUAGAGCUUUUUAUUCCCCAUUGUCUAUCCAAUAUAGAGCCUUUUAUUCCCCAUUGUCUAUCCAAUAUAGAGCUUUUUAUUCCCCAUUGUCUAUCCAAUAUAGAGCUUUUUAUUCCCCAUUGUCUAUCCAAUAUAGAGCUUUUUAUUUCCCACUGUCUAUCCAAUAUAGAGCUUUUUAUUCCCCAUUGUCUAUCCAAUAUAGAGCUUUUUAUUUCACACUGUCUAUCCUAUAUAGAGCUUUUUAUUCCCCAUUGUCUAUCUAA